AUGAGGAUCUUGGUUUUGAUCAAUACACUUUUGGUCUCGUCUUUGGCUGCCCCUCAGGGCUAUAGCCUGAGUAGGCCCUCCGGACCAAGUUUUGGCAUAGGAGGUGCGGUAUCAAGCUUUGGAGGAGGAUCAGGAUUUGGAGGAGGAGGAUCAGGAUUUGGAGGAGGAUCAGGAUUUGGAGGAGGAUCAGGAUUUGGAGGAGGAUCAGGCUUUGGAGGAGGUUUCAGCUCAGGAGGAUGCGGUCCGGGACAGGUGUUCCAUGCUGGUAGAUGUGUUACUCCACGCGAGAACCGCAAAGUCUACUUGUACAACGCACCACCCGCACCUCCAGUUCCCCACGGUCCUCCACCAUACAUCCCUGAUCCAACCAUUGACACGAAUAUCGUGUUCAUCCAAACACCUGAAGAAGGCCCAGGACCAGACCCCAUCGUCAUACCUCCACCACAGACGCGAAGCGUUGUCUAUGUGCUCAACAGACAGACACCAGAGCAACAGGAUGUGAUCGAAGUCCCAGCGCCGCCAGCAACCAGCCCUGAAGUUUACUUCGUGAACUACGCUGACGGCGAGAAUCCAGUUCUUCCCAGUGGCGUUGACCUUCAGACUGCCUUGAAUGCAGCAUCCCAAGGGGGCGGUCAAGUGGUUGGAGGAGGUGCCGGCGGUGGUUUCGGAGGCAGCGGAGGUGCCGGCGGUGGUUUUGGAGGUAGCGGAGGUAGUUUCGGAGGCAGCGGAGGAGAAUUUUAUUUUUGUUAUGUUUUGCUUACACUAAGCAUACCAAGCAGUAUUCCAGCCCAUUUGCACUACGUCAAAAUAACUUCUACACUCUCGCUGUUGCAGAGUUUUAUAGCUGCAGUUGUGGUGACAGCGUCAGCUGAUUUCCAAAGCUAUAACUCAGGAGGGCACGGUUUUGGAGGAGGAGGCUCUGGAGCAGGCUUUGGAGGAGGCUCAGGCUCAGGAUUUGGAAUCAGCUCAGGCUUUGGAGGAGGUUCCAGUUCAGGAUUUGGAGGAGGCUCAAGCUUUGGUUUUGGAGGAGGUUCAGGCUCAGGUUUUAUCUCGGGAGGAUGCGGUCCCGGACAGGUGUUCCAUGCUGGCAGAUGUGUCACUCCGCGCGAGAACCGCAAAGUCUACUUGUACAACGCACCACCCGCACCUCCAGUUCCCCACGGCCCUCCACCAUACAUCCCUGAGCCAACCAUUGACACGAAUAUCGUGUUCAUCCAAACACCUGAAGAAGGCCCAGGACCAGACCCCAUCGUCAUACCUCCACCACAGACGCGAAGCGUUGUCUAUGUGCUCAACAGACAGACACCAGAGCAACAGGAUGUGAUCGAAGUCCCAGCGCCGCCAGCAACCAGCCCUGAAGUAUACUUCGUGAACUACGCUGACGGCGAGAACCCAGUUCUUCCCAGCGGUGUCGACCUUCAGACUGCCUUGAAUGCAGCAUCCCAAGGGGGCGGUCAAGUGAUUGGAGGAGGUGGAGGCGGCGCUGGAGGUUUCGGAGGCGGUGCUGGAGGUUUUGGAGCCGGUGCUGGAGGUUUUGGAGGCGGUGCUGGAGGUUUCGGAGGCGGUGCUGGAGGUGUCGGCGGUGGUUUCGGAGGAAGCGGAGGAGGUGUUAGUUUUGGAAGCAGCGGAGGAAGCGGUGGUUUUGGAGGUAGUGGUGGAUUCGUAAGUGGAGAUAGCGGGGAAUUCAUUGUAAGUGGAGGUGGCGGUGGUUUCAGUAGUGUAGGUGGAUUAAGUGGAGGCUCCCCUUCCAACGUUUAUACAGCACCAUAAAUGCAUCUGUUCCGGUAUUUCAUAUUUGUUAUAUUUUUCAUUUCACAGAACAAGUAUCCAGUAUUCCAAAGUUGUUGUUUAUGUUGUACAAAUUGAAAUCUCAAAUGUAUAUGUAAAUUGUUUUAAUAAAAAUAAAAAAGAA